AUGCCCAAACCUUCUGGGGGUCUUGGCAUAACCACCAUUGAAUCCCUAUACUAUGCUUUUGGCUGCUCUCUCAUUUGGAGGUAUUACAACAUCAAAAGUUAUCUAUACACUUGGUGGAAGGAGAAUUAUGUGUCUUUUUGGAAUACUGGCUGUAAGAGGUCCACGGUUUAUUGGAAAUUCCUCUGUGAGGUGGCUAGAAAGCUUCCUGAAACCUUCAAAUUCAAUAUCAAUGAUAGCUCCUCCCUGUCCUUUUUUUGGGAGCCUUGGUGCUCAAGCUCUUCUGUGGCUGAACGGUUGAAAUCUAAAAACCUGGAUCAUUUGAUUACUCCUCAAAACCUGGCUGUUUCUUCCCUUAUUUCUACUGGGAACUGGAAUCUUCCCCCUUCCAUUCCUCCUAAUCUGGCUGCUAUCAUCAAAGCUAUCCCUAUUACUAGUUCAUUGGCCAAUUGUGGCUGGCACAACAAAGAAAAACCGAAUUUUAAAUCGUUUAUUAAGUCAUACUUCUCUGAUUGCCCGUUUGUUCCUUGGUUUAAACAUGUUUGGCACAAACACUUUGCUCUUCAUUUUUCGACUUGCUGCUGGAUGGCUUUUAAACAUAAACUUAAGACUGUUGACAUUCUUCUUACCUGGGGAAUUCUUGUGAAUCCGAUUUGUUCUUUCUGCCAUCUCUAUGAGGAAAAUCACAACCACCUCUUUUUUGAAUGCAAUUACACUUUUCAAAUUCUUAAAAAGGUCUUUCCUUGUAUGACCAGCAUGCUCUUUCGUCCGAACCUUGGACAAGUUUUCUGUCAUAUUGAUGACAGGGAAACGGAUAUUAGUAGAAAGAAUUAUUGCUUUUUGCUCCUCUGUGCCACAGUCUACUAUAUAUGGAGAGCCUGGAAUGAUCGGAUUUUUGGAAACUCUGUUGAUUGUCAUUCUACCAUUUUAGCCAAUAUUAAACGUGCUAUUGCCUGUUAUCUGCUGCUAACCAAGAAUGUGCAUCUCCUGGAGGGUCUUCUUUGGCAACCAGGACCUGCCUUUUUGAAGGACGAUGAUGAUAGCAAUAAUUAUAUGAUCCCCUUGGACGGCCAUUUUGGCAACCAGGGGAGUUUUUCUUCCUUCUGGAUGAGUUUUGCGGCCGCUGAGAGUCCCACUUCAACACUGAUAUUGCAUUUCUGA